UCGCGAUACAGACUCCAUUAGAGGUAACUGGGAAGGUAUCGAAGGGAUUACGGCUUACAGAGAACACGGAAACUCCCAUCUUUCUUAUCCUUCCGCUGCGCUCCUAGCAGAAACCAUUGACGAAGGCCAAGGUGAAAUUAACUUCUAUCUACAUAAAAGAAAUGACUGAGGUGAUUAAUAAUACUGAUAAAAGAAGUAAACGGCGUUUGCCUACAUGGAUGCAGAGCAAUGAUACUGCCAAAAAAGAAAAUUUUGGAACUUCUGAUGGAUUAUACUCAGUAUCAGGAAAUCAACCAGAGCCUCAGGGUGCAGUUUCUAUGAUAAAAUCCAUGUCAAGCGAUGUUGAUGUGGUACUAGCUGAAAACAAAAAGAACUCAGACAAUAAAGAAAUCCUUGCAAAGAAUUAUUCAAAGAAAAGCACCAGGAAACCAAAAAAAAGUGAUGGUUCUAAUGUUGUUCCGGGUAACUUUAGUGGAACUGAGAGAAACUCUGGGGGGGAUAUUGUUAAAUGUGGAAUGUCUAUGGAUACUGAUCGGCACCUGAAGAUCAGUGCCAGAAGCCAAUCUGUAAAAGUUUUAUCCCAAGGAAUGACGGAAGGUGCAGCGGAACUGACCGUUGAAGAUCUGAUUAGUAUUGCUGAAGAGUUUCUUACUUCAGACAAAAAAGUUCAGAAUGAACAAUCUGCUGCGCGAAAAUCUGAAUGCAAUUCUAUUCCUCGAAACUCAUCGGAAUCCUCCACCUCUCACAGCGGAACACUCAACAGAGAAAUCAAAUUCUCUCCGGCAUUAUCCAAAUGCACCCAAACUCGCAGCUCCAAUCUAAACAAUGUUGCUAAAAAACUAACCGAGGAAUCCGCUACUUCGCCCAACGGCAAAACUGCACAAUCAAAUGGUGCUGUUGAGGAUAUGCUUCAACUCUUCCUUGGUCCUCUUUUAAAGAAAGCUCCUCUGAAUGAGCCUGAUCCUGAGAUAACAAAAGAACUAACAGUUGUUGCUUAUAAAUCUGAUUGCUUAAUCAGAAGCUCUGUGGAUGCUGAAAAACUGGCUGUGGAUGCUGAAAAACUGGCACCUUUGACAAAAAAGAAGAAUAGCCUUAAGGAUAAAGUAACCAUUUUUUUGGGUUAAAAUUGUUCUUG